AUGCCUUCGUCAAUGUUGAGAUGCAUGCUGCUUUGUGCAUUGAUGCAUGGAGCGCUGUGUGCUUGUACGCUGAAGAAUCACACCUUAUGGAUUGAAAGUCAAGGCUGUGCCCAGUGCGUGGCCGUCAACACCACUAUCUGCAGCGGCUACUGUUACACACAGGACACCAACUUGAAGGGACGCUUUGGGAGGAGUUUCCUGAUCCAGCGCAGCUGCGUGCCUCUCUCCCUGGUGUACCGCUCCGCCCGCGUGCCAGGCUGCCCUCAGGAUGUCAACCCGCAGCUGUAUUACGCUGCGGCCCACAGAUGCAGCUGCAGGCGCUGCGAUACGCGCACACACCACUGUGUCCGCAUCAGCGAUGACCGAUGCACCGUGAGCCUCGACGGUGUGAAGAGCCAACAGAAACCCACUGUGGGAACCUGGCAAUAUGCCAACACAAGCAACACACAUCCUGGCAAACGAUAG